CCAAGCAAGGUUGUAGCUUCAGAGACUUUCCUUCACACUGAAGACCUCUCCACCAAGUAGACUCCUGACUCUCUUCAACUGCCUCCCUGCACAGGCUGAACUCUCAUAUUUCCCUGAUAGAAGAGAACUGAGCAAGGAAAACGAUGACCACGAGGAUCAUUCCUAUUCUCCUGCUUGUCUGCCUGAUGCUGGUGAGCAAAGCUGAAUCAAGAGAAAAAACCGAAACAGAACUACGCUACGAGAAGUUUCGAAGACAGCAUAUAGCGCGGACAGAUAUGGCUGCAAAAAAAUGUGAUUCAGAGAUACGUGGUAAACAAAUCUACAAUACUGACAACACUUGCAAGCCCACAAACACGUUCAUUCUCGAUAACCCAACAAACAUCAAAUUAAUUUGUCAGGGCGAAGGAGAUUUGAAUGCCGGCACUGGGUUGACACGUAGUCGAAACACGUUCAAAAUCAUUGUGUGUGAAUUGAAGAGUGGAGAACGGAAACCCAGGUGUCAAUAUGAGGGCAGCCUUCUCACAAACAGAUAUGUGGCUGUGAGGUGUGAGAACAAUCUACCGGUGCACUUCGACAGAGACAUUAUGAAUUUUGGUGGAUGAUUGUUCUUCACCGCUAAAACAAUGAUGACAUUGUUUCUGUUCAGCUUCAAAUACGAGCGGUUUGCCUGUUUGAUCAUUUUCUCUUUUGUACGUCUGCAUCACGGAGAUGAAGUGUUGUGAACACAAACGUCUUUUCCUUUCAUUUAUCUGCAUGUAUUAGUUAUUUUGCAAAAAAUGAAAAUGUAUUGCAACAAAAAUAAACCAGCUAUAAUAAAAA